UCAAAGUCAGCAUGGACAGGACCGUGUUUGUGACACUCCUGCUUACAGGUUCCUGCGUAACCUCCCUUUCCUAUCCAAACCUCUACUACUUUGUCAGACAGCAGAUGACUUGGAAAGCUGCACGAAUCUACUGCUCCACUUAUUUCACGGAAUUGGCCAGCGUACUUAAUUUAGCAAAUGUGACCACAAUGAUGAACACUCCAACCGGGGGAUACACAGGCAAUGCCUGGAUAGGACUGUAUCAGAGCACCUCAAGAUGGCACUGGCUGAAUGAUCAGAAAGUCGGAUAUACCAACUGGAAUACUGGUCAGCCAGACAACAUUAAUGCCAGUGAGUUCUGUGUGAGCAUGAAUAGCGAUGGAUACUGGAACGAUGACAGCUGCUCAGAAUUGAAACCUUCUGUUUGUUUUACUGGUUGGAGCUAUUACCUCAUUAAGGAAGAAAUGACUUGGAAAGGUGCGGUAACCAAUUGUAAAGUGUUUUUAACUCUGGCCAACAUCCCCGAUGAAAUGACAAAUUAUGAAAUCCAGUAUGAGCUGUCAGAUGUUUCAGAAGUGUGGAUUGGCCUCAGCAGACCUAAUGAAUGGUUGUGGUCACACACUGGAAGAAUCUACAGAUACUUAAACUGGCAGCCUGGACAACCUGACAACAGGAACGGAAAAGAAAAUUGUGCUACCGUAGUGGUGGGAGAUGGAACCUGGACUGAUGAACAGUGCAACACAGCAUUCCCUUUCUUCUGCUAUGGAAUUUCAAAGAUCCCAACAACUAGCAAAGCUAUGAGAGUGAGGAUGAAGAUCCAGUCCAGCGCAAACUUGGAAGAUCCAGCCUGCAAUGCCACCCUGCAGCAGAAGGUAUAG